CGCAGUUCUGUCUCAAUAACAUAUCCCGCGAAACGCGGACGGCAGUACUUUGGCCUUUUACUGUGAUGACGCGUUUCUAAAGUUAUUAAUAUCGUAAAUCUAGCUAAAUUACCCCCAUUAAACUGUGUAUAUUUGUAACACUGUAGAGUAGGGUGUUUUACUAUCUUGACAUUAAAUCACAGAAAACUACAACGUCGGCGACGAUUUCCGCUUCCAAAGUCCAACUCCAUCAGCUGGUUACUUUCGGUUUAACUGCAGGUAGUAAAGGCGUUGUCGGUGGCAUUUGAACAACUACAGCUUUUAUCUCCACAUAAAUUGCAUUAUUGUCUCAGAAGGACAGUGGUGAAAAUGAAUUAUUUUUGGAUAGCAGUGAUUUUGCUCGUGACUGGUGCAUCUGCUGUUCAGACAGAUGGAGUAUCAGUGUCAGUGAUGGAGGGAGAUUUAGUCACUCUACAAACUGAUGUUACAAAAACCCAGGUCAACAAAGUGAAAUGGUAUUAUAAUGGUGCUCGCAUCGCUCAAAUCACUGGAGAUCCCAAUAAAACCUGUACAGAUGUUCAGUGUAAUGAAGGUCAGUGGAAAUUCAGAGGCAGACUGCAUCUGGAUCAUCAGACUGGAUCUCUGACCAUCUCAAACAUCACAAACACGGACUCUGGACUUUAUGAACUGCAGAUAAUCAUCACCAGCAGCAGCAGCAGCAGCAGUGACAAGACCUUCAAUGUUACCAUCCAUGAUUUUGACAAACGAGAUGAAAUGAAGAGAAAGUCAGUGAAUGAGGGAGAAUCUGUUACUUUGGAUCCUGGUGUCAGGAAAAACACAAAUGAUUUGAUGACAUGGCAUUUUAAUGACAUUCCCAUCAAUGAAAUCCCUGGAUAUCCUAGUAGGAGCUGUGCAGAUGUUCAGUGUGAAGAUGCUGAUAAGAGAUUCAGAGACAGACUGGAGGUGAAUCAGACUGGACCUCUGACCAUCACAAACAUCAAAAUCACAGACACUGGGCUCUAUAAACUACAGAUCAACAGCAGUGGAUUCAGCAUCAUGAGGACCUUCAGUGUUAAUGUCACUGCUGUUCCAGAUUCAGGUCUGUCUACAGCUGUUGUAGCAGGAAUAUGUGCAGGUGUUGGUGUUCUGCUGGUGUCUGCAGCUGCUGCUGGUGUGAUUUACUAUUGCUGCAGACGAAAGGAUGGCAACAGGAAGCAGCCCGGUGAUCAGAAGGACACUACCAAUGUGACAUCCCAUAAUGAGAAAGAAUCACUACUGAUGGAAACCAUUAAUGGGACAUCCUCUAAUCACGAUGACCCUCAAUCGAAGGACACUACCAAUGGGACAUCCAAUAAUCAAACUGAUAUUCCGUAUAUAGAUGAUGACUGACUGAGAAUGAGUCUCCCAGUGACACACAUGCAUCCAAAUAUGUCCAUUGUCAGCUCAGUCGGACUAAAAAGCCAUCAUGUAAACACCUUAUUCGAUCCUACUGAGCUCGAUCUGAAUGAAAUUUUGAUUGGAUUGAAAGGAUUGGUUUAUACUUUUUCUAAUAUGAUCGAGUGUGCAUGGAAACACGCAAUCGGACUGAAAAACUGAAAAGACUGCGCAUGUCCAACGAUGCAGAAAUAGUGUAAUGACAUGUUCUUGUUCUUUCCGUUGAGUAAAGAGUUGUAUAAAUGAAUCUCCUGUCAUUAACAACUCUCCUUUCAGUCAGCAUCUGUGAAGUGGUUCUGCUGUUUAAAACAAUUACAGAAACAGUGUAGGAGAGUGGUUAUUAUGUGCAAACAGUGGGAAACUUUGUAUUUGUGCGAUGUGCGCAUGUCAAAAAAUCUAUUCCGAUUUGAAGCUUGCGACAUAUAAAUGCACACAUCAACCCGAUCACUUUAUUUAGCAUUCAUGUAAACACUACAUUCAGAUUCAUCAAUCGGAUUGAAUUCAGUCCGAUUGAAACAAAAAUUGUGCAUGUUAAUAUAGCCAAUGUAACAUUAUUUAUUAUUUAUUUAAUAAUAAAUCAGCAGAAGAUGUCAUUGCUUACACAGUAUUUGUCUCACAGAUUUCGGUAGUCAGGUCAAUACCAGUCAAAUUUCAUCUCAGUAUCAGUUUCAAUAACACAGCAGCAAAACAAAGCAAUACAGUGCCAGCAAUAGAACAAAGAGUGCAGGAUGGUUUUUAUAUAGAGGGUUGUUAAAGUAAAGUUGUUUGCUCUGAUUCUGGUAAUUUAUAAUUUAUAAUAUGCAUUAUACAUAAUGCACUGAUCUGCUCUGACGUAAGUUAUUUUGUCUCAUCUGUUUACAUCAUCUAAUGUGUUUACAUCAUCUAACUGUGUUUAUACAAAUAUCUCAAAAAGACGGGUAAAGUAUAUUGGACUCCUCAAACACAGUUGCACAUGGUAGCUAAUACUAGUUAUACUGUGAAACAAAACCACUCUUCACAGAAUUUAAAAUAACCAGCAAGCUGCCCUGGGUCAACCAUCUUCACCAGAGCUCAAGUCAUGACUGACUAUGAGUCAAAAAGCUUGUCAGGUCCACUUGAAGGACUGUCAUUGAUUUAUGUUUGUUAAGAUGAUUAAUAGUGCCUGUAAAUGGUAAUCCUGCACAUAGAUGUUUUUGUAGAUAUCUCAUCUCCUUCAGUUUUGUUCUUGAAGCAUGUUCAUUUGUGGUCCUUGUGUCUAAAGGACUCUUAAAGGAUUCUCUUUCUCAGGUUUAUCAUGUUCAAUGUGUCAUUUCAGAUCUGUUAAGAGAUUUAAGUGUCAUCAUGGUGCUAUUUUGUAAUAAUUGUUUAAGCUAUUUCCAUGUCAGAGCUAUAUUUAUAUGGAGUGAAUGCCUUAAAAACAGUAUUUUCUAAAUAUAUCCUGAGAUUAUAUAUCCUAUACUAUUUUAAUUAAAAUGAUUGUGAAGGAUGCAUGUAUGUUCAUUUGACAACAAGUGCCAUUAAAACAAAUGUGAUUUACUAAUAACCAGAAUCUGAGUUUGUUGAGAAAUUAUCUUUGAGUUUGUUAUCUCAAUUAUUUAUAUCUUUAUAAAUGUGUACUGCUUGUAGUAUACACAGUUUAUUACUAUAUUACAUGUUAAGAGGAAGAAGAAUAUUGUGUGAAUAAUUUAAUUGUACAGUAAAAUCAAGCCUAACUAGUGAUUUAAAACUUGUUGUGUAUAUUUAUUCAGUUCUCAAAUGUAGUAUAUGGAAAAAAGUACAAAGUUAAAAUAGUGCAUUUCAAAUGACCAGUUUACUGACUUUCUUCUGAGUCGAAAGCUUCUGAGAGUUUUUUUUU